UUAAAUAAUAAAUAUUUAAUAAACAACUCACACCCAUUCUCCUUUCACCUUCUCAUUUCCUCUCUUUUUGUCAAAAAAAAAAAAAAGAGCACGGAGAAAUAACUGUUGUUGAAAUGGCAACUGAGAGUGAAAUUAAGAACAACGAUUCUGCUGAUUCACCGACUUCGGUACUUGAAGAUGAGGAAAAAUGCGAGCUCAAACCUGUGGUUAUAUUGGAAAAUGAUAGUCUCCUAGAUGCAAAAAAUGGUGAUUCCUCUCUUUUAUCAAGAGUCAUGGCAGAGGAGGAGGAGAAGCUGUUGGUAGAUCGGGUGAAAGAAGAAGCUGCUCAGGAAGGGAAUGAGCCAGAGAAGGCUAACUUGAAUGACAGCCAGUUUACCAAAUUAGAUGAACUUCUUACUCAAACACAACUCUACACAGAGUUCUUGCUGGAAAAGAUGGAUCAGAUCACUCAUGAUGGAGUGAAGGAGGAGGAUGAUGCUUCUGGAGAAAAGAAAGGUCGCGGUAGGAAAAGAAAAGCUGCCACAAAUUACAAUUCUAGAAAAGCCACCAGGGCAGUUGCGGCAAUGCUGACAAGAUCUAAAGAAGUUGAAAAGAUUGAUGAUUCAAAUUUGACUGAGGAAGAAAGACUUGAGAAAGAGCAGAAGGAAUUAGUACCUUUAUUGACCGGAGGAAAAUUGAAGUCCUAUCAAAUUAAAGGAGUAAAGUGGUUGAUUUCCUUGUGGCAAAAUGGCCUUAAUGGAAUCCUUGCUGAUCAAAUGGGGCUCGGAAAAACUAUUCAAACAAUCGGUUUUCUCGCACAUCUAAAGGGAAAGGGCUUGGAUGGCCCUUAUUUAGUAAUUGCUCCUCUUUCUACUCUCUCAAAUUGGGUAAAUGAAAUUUCAAGGUUUACUCCCUCUAUUAAUGCGAUCAUCUACCAUGGAGACAAGAAGCAAAGAGAUGAGAUAAGAAGAAAGUACAUGCCUAGAUCCAUUGGCUCCAAGUUUCCCAUAAUUAUCACUUCUUACGAGGUUGCAUUAUCUGAUGCCAGAAAGUAUCUGAGGCAUUAUGACUGGAAAUAUGUUGCUGUUGAUGAGGGACACCGAUUGAAAAACUCAAAAUGCAAAUUGCUGAAAGAAUUGAAAUUAAUUCCUAUGGAAAAUAAGCUUCUUUUGACCGGGACACCUCUGCAGAACAAUUUGGCUGAGCUUUGGUCACUGCUUAAUUUCAUUUUGCCUGAUAUUUUCCAAUCACAUGAGGAAUUUGAGUCAUGGUUUGAUUUUUCAGGAAAGGCCAAUAACGAAUCAAUGAAGGAGGAAGUGGAAGAGAAGAGAAAAUCCCAGGUGGUAGCUAAACUUCAUGGCAUUUUACGCCCAUUUCUCCUGCGGAGGCUGAAGGCUGACGUAGAGCUAAUGCUUCCUCGGAAAAAGGAGAUUAUCUUAUAUGCUACCUUGACUGAGCAUCAAAAGAACUUCCAGGAUCAUUUAAUUAAUAAGACUUUGGAGCAAUAUUUGCAAGACAAGUCGAAUACAGGUCGCACUGUGAUACGAACCCUCAACAAUGUGAUGAUCCAGCUACGAAAGAAUUGCAACCAUCCCGACCUCUUAGAGUCUGCUUUUGAUGGCUCAUAUUUCUACCCUCCUGUGGACCAGAUAGUUGAGCAGUGUGGCAAGUUCAGGUUGCUGGACAGAUUGUUGAAUAGGCUAUUUGCACUUAAGCACAAGGUUCUGAUAUUCAGCCAGUGGACUAAGAUUCUAGAUAUUAUGGAAUAUUAUUUUAGUGAGAAAGGUUUUGAAGUUUGCAGAAUUGAUGGAAGUGUGAGAUUGGAGGAAAGGAGAAGGCAGAUCGAUGAAUUUAAUGAUGUGGACAGCAGUCUUAGAAUAUUUCUUCUCAGCACUAGAGCUGGUGGAUUGGGUAUCAAUCUUACUGCAGCUGAUACCUGUAUACUAUAUGACAGUGACUGGAACCCUCAAAUGGAUUUACAGGCAAUGGAUAGAUGUCAUAGGAUUGGACAGACUAAACCGGUUCAUGUAUAUAGGCUUGCAACUGCCCAAUCUAUUGAGGGGCGCAUCUUGAAAAGGGCAUUUAGUAAGUUGAAGCUUGAGCAUGUAGUCAUCGGAAAGGGGCAGUUUCAUCAAGAAAGAACAAAGUCUAACGGCAUUGUAGACAUGGAGGAAGAUGACAUACUAGCACUGUUUCGAGAUGAUGAAACCGCUGAAGACAAAUUGAUACAGACGGAUAUUACUGAUGAAGAUUUGGAGAGGGUGAUGGAUCGCAAUGACCUCAUUGUAUACUCAGCAGAUAAUGAUGAUAAAGAAACUAAUGCUGCUAUAGAGUCUAUCCCUCUUAAAGGUCCCGGUUGGGAGGUGGUGGUACCUACUGCAACUGGGGGCAUGCUAUCGACCCUUAACAGUUAAAUGUAUGUGGAGGAUUAGGACGGAUUUGUCACUGAUUUUGCAGGGUUGAUGUUGAAGAUGAUAAGUUUGCCCUCCAUUUUUGGGACCGAGGAGUCUUCCAUUUUGCAAAUGUUUAAAGAGUAGGCUAUUCAUUUGAAAGAGGGCAACUAAUUUUUGUAAUUCAUCUUCUGUAUACCCAUCUUCAGAUACAACCCUGGAAGUUUUAAUUAGGUUCUGUUAGGAAUUAUUGUGAAUAACUAUGUUUUCAAUGACUGAAAUGCUAAUUAUUUGCCUAGA